AUGAAGGUCGAUCGAGCGACUCUUUCGCUCGGCCUAAUAACAGAUAAAAAGGAGUAUCUGUCGGUAUCCUUUUGGGAGUUGGUGCUGCCAACAGACAGUAUGGGCGGCGACAUGAUUUUAGCUACAACCCUAAUUUCAACGCUCAAACCUCAAGCCUCUCAACUUUCCCAGUUUCCCUUCGACGCCGCUUUCUCAACUUUCCUUUCGUCGCCGCCUUCUCAACCUCUCAACUUUCCCUUCGUCUCCGCCUUCUCAACUUUCCCUUCGUCGCCGCCUUCUCAACCUCUCAACUUUCCCUUCGUCGCCGCCUUCUCAGCUUUCCUUUCGUCGCCGCCUUCUCAACCAUUGCCGCCUACUCAGCAAUCACCGCCGUUUCUACUCAGCAGUCGCCGCCGUGCCUACUUAGGAGUCGCCGCCGUGCCUACUCAGCGUCUCAGUGUUAUGUCUAUAGAAGGGUCAUCUAUUCCACUUACCAUAAAUAGUGUCAUAGCUGAAAGUAAUGAGGUUAAUCUUGAGAUCAACAAGGAAAUUGCCACAGCUGGUCAAGAAACACAAGAAAAUGCUGCAGCAAAAGAGGAAGAGGGAUUCCAAACAAAGAAAAGGAAAAAAAUUUCAGAAGUUUGGAAUGAUUUUGACACAGUGGAUGGAUCAAAGAAAGCAAAAUGUAAACAUUGUCAAUCUCUUUUUACAUUGGGUAAAUCAGGGGCCACAUCAAGUCUUUUGAGACAUAGAUUAAAUUGUGUGAAGAGAAAAAUUAAUUUACGAGCAGCUGAACAACAAUCAAAGUUGAGUUUUUUGCCUACUAAUUCAGCUUCGCCAUCCAUUCUGACUGUGCAUUCUGGAAAAUUUGACAUGGAACAAAUGAGGGAGGUAGCUGCUCAUUGGAUCAUGAUGCAUGAACACCCAUUCACCAUUCUUGAUGAAGAGGGGUUCAAUUUAAUGAUGAGGCGUGGAAUGCCGGAAUGGCAUAAAAUUAGUAGGACGACAUGCCGAACAGAUUGUAUGAAAAUUUAUGAGAUUGAGAAAAAGAAGUUGAAGAAGAGUCUUGAGUGUGUUGAUAAAAUAAGUUUGACAACAGAUUGUUGGAAGUCAAAGACUCAAAAGAUUGAAUACAUGGUUGUCACUGGGCAUUGGAUUGAUUCUUGUUGGAAUUUACAAAAGAGAGUUUUAAGUUUCAUUAACAUUCCACCACCAAGGGGAGGUCUUCAAAUUUCUGAUGCCAUUUUCAAGUGUAUGAAAGAGUGGGGCAUUGAAAACAAGGUUUUCACUAUUACAGUUGAUAAUGCUUCAAGUAAUGAUUUGGCUAUUCGAUAUAUGAAAGAUACCAUUCAAAGGUCAAGAACAUUGGCAUGUGAAGGAAAUUUAUUUCAUGUUCGUUGUUGUGCACAUAUCUUGAACUUGUGCGUUCAAGAUGGAUUGAGGGAGAUUGAAGAUAUUAUUGGUAAUAUAAGGGAAAGUGUAGAAUAUGUAAAUCGUUCAGAGGCAAGAUGUGUGCAAUUUGCAGAGUGUGUGCAACAACUACAGUUAAAGGAUAAAAAAUUGAUUCGUGAUUACAAAACCAGGUGGAACUCGACUUUUGAGAUGUUAAGUUGUGCACUCAAGUUCAAAGAAGCUUUUAAAAUGUUCAAAGAACGUGAUCCCUUUUAUGGUAGUGAGUAUCCUACUUCAAAUUUAUUUCUUCAAGAAGUUCAAAAAAUAAAGUCAGCAUUGGAUAUUUAUGCACAACAUGAAGAUUUGUUUCUUAAGCAACUAGCUAGCAAAAUGAAAGAAAAAUUUGACAAGUAUUGGGGUGAUUGUAAUUUAUUGAUGGCUAUAGCUGCUGUGUUAGAUCCAACCAAAAAAAUGCUUGCGGUUGAAUUUUGUUUUCCUAAACUUUAUUCUGAAUUGGAUGCCUCUAAGCAUAUCUCAAAAGUUAAGGAGAUAAUUAAUUCUCUUUAUGAGGAGUAUGUUGUUGAAGAAACUAAUAAAGGAACACCUCAUUUAUGUGAGUCUGAGAGUUUUGGUUCUUCAAGUGCUAGAAGAAGUCUACAAAAUUCUGUGUAUAAUUGGGAUGAUUUUGAUGAUUAUUGUGCAAAAGUUGAAAUUUCAGAGACUAAGAGAUCUGAAUUAGUAGAUUAUCUUGAAAAAGGCCGUCUAAAGAAGAAUGAGAUUCCUAAAAAUUUUUCAUGUUUAGAAUGGUGGAGAAUGAAUAGAAUGCAAUAUCCAAUAUUGUCAAAGAUAGCAGCUGAUAUUUUAGCUAUUCCAGUGAGUUCAGUGGCUUCAGAAGCAACAUUUAGUGCAGGGACAAGAGUUAUUGAUUCUUAUCGUUCAUCUCUCUCUCCAGACACAGUGCAGACUCUACUGUGUGGGGGUGAUUGGCUUCGACAUAUACAUGGACUGAAAAAGAAGACUAAAAAAGCUAAAACUUAUCAAGAAAUUGUUCUUCCAAUUAUUGCAGUAUAG